AUGGGGGAAAACGAGGACGAGAAGCAGACCCAGGCCGGGCAGAUUUUUGAGAACUUUGUCCAGGCUUCCACAUGCAAGGGCACCCUCCAGGCCUUCAACAUCCUCACGCGACACCUGGACCUAGACCCCCUGGACCACAGGAACUUUUAUUCCAAGCUCAAGUCCAAGGUGACCUCCUGGAAGGCCAAAGCCCUGUGGCACAAGUUGGACAAGCGUGGAUCCCACAAGGAGUAUAAGCGUGGGAAGUCCUGUAUGAACACCAAGUGUCUCAUCGUUGGGGGCGGACCAUGUGGUUUGCGCACGGCCAUUGAACUUGCCUACCUGGGAGCCAAGGUGGUCGUGGUGGAGAAGAGGGACACCUUCUCCCGGAACAACGUGCUGCACCUCUGGCCUUUCACCAUCCAUGACCUACGGGGCCUAGGAGCCAAGAAGUUCUAUGGGAAGUUCUGUGCUGGCUCCAUCGACCACAUAAGUAUUCGUCAGUUACAGCUCAUCCUAUUCAAGGUUGCCCUGAUCUUGGGAGUUGAAAUCCAUGUGAAUGUGGAGUUUGUGAAGGUUCUGGAGCCGCCCGAAGAUCAAGAAAACCACAAAAUUGGCUGGCGGGCAGAAUUUCUCCCUGCUGACCACUCCCUGUCGGAGUUCGAGUUCGAUGUCAUCAUUGGUGCUGAUGGCCGCAGGAACUCACUGGAAGGGUUCAGGAGGAAAGAAUUCCGUGGGAAGUUGGCUAUUGCAAUCACUGCCAACUUCAUAAACAGAAACAGCACCGCCGAGGCCAAGGUGGAGGAGAUCAGCGGCGUGGCCUUCAUCUUCAAUCAGAAAUUCUUCCAGGACCUUAAGGAGGAAACAGGGAUCGAUCUGGAGAACAUUGUCUACUACAAGGACUGCACCCACUACUUUGUCAUGACCGCCAAGAAGCAGAGCCUGCUGGACAAAGGGGUCAUCAUCAACGACUACAUCGACACGGAGAUGCUGCUGUGCGCGGAGAACGUGAACCAGGACCACCUGCUCUCCUACGCCCGCGAGGCUGCAGACUUCGCCACCAACUACCAGCUGCCGUCCUUAGACUUCGCCAUGAACCACUACGAGCAGCCCGAUGUGGCCAUGUUCGACUUCACCUGCAUGUACGCCUCAGAGAACGCGGCCCUGGUGCGCGAGCGCCAGUCCCACCAGCUGCUCGUAGCCUUGGUGGGCGACAGCUUGCUUGAGCCCUUUUGGCCCAUGGGCACGGGCUGUGCCCGCGGCUUCCUGGCGGCCUUUGACACAGCCUGGAUGGUGAAGAGCUGGGACCAGGGCGCUCCUCCGCUGGAGCUGCUGGCUGAGAGAGAGAGUCUUUACCGGCUGUUACCUCAAACGACCCCGGAGAACAUCAAUAAGAACUUUGAGCAGUACACGCUGGAUCCGGGCACACGGUACCCAAACCUCAACUCCCACUGUGUGCGGCCCCAUCAGGUGAAGCAUUUGUACAUCACUAAGGAGCUGCACCACUCCCCCCUCAAGAGGCUGGGCUCCAUGAGGAGAUCUGUGGGCCUCUCCAGGCAGGAGUCAGACAUCCGGCCCAGCAAGCUCUUAACCUGGUGCCAGCAGCAGACCGAGGGCUACCAGCAUGUCAACAUCACUGACCUGACCACGUCCUGGCGGAGCGGCCUGGCCCUGUGUGCCAUCAUCCAUCGCUUCCGGCCUGAGCUGAUCAACUUUGACUCUCUGAACGAAGAUGAUGCUGUGGAGAACAAUCAACUGGCAUUUGAUGUGGCCGAGCGAGAGUUUGGCAUCCCCCCAGUGACCACGGGCCAAGAGAUGGCGUCAACACAGGAGCCCGACAAGCUCAGCAUGGUCAUGUACCUGUCCAAGUUCUAUGAGCUCUUCCGGGGCACCCCGCUGAGGCCUGUGGACUCUUGGGGCAAAAACUAUGGAGAAAAUGCUGACUUGGGCGUGGCCACAUCAUCUCUUCCUCACAACUAUCUCAACCUCACACUUCCCAGGAAAAGGACUCCACGAGUGGACAACCAAACGGAGGAGAAUAACGACAUGAACAAACGGAGGCGGAGAGGCUUCAACAGCCUGCGCGAGCGGUCAGCCUUUUCCAGCCGGAGUUUGGGCUCCAGUCAAGAGGGCAGUAUCAGUAAAGAAGGUGGAAAUCAGAACAAAGUCAAGUCCAUGGCAAGUCAGCUGCUGGCCAAGUUCGAGGAGAGCUCUCGGAACCCUUCACUCCUGAAGCAGGAGACGACUCGAAAGGCCUUUCCCCUGAACCUGGGCGGCAGCGACACCUGCUACUUCUGCAAGAAGCGCGUGUACGUGAUGGAGAGGCUGAGCGCCGAGGGCCACUUCUUCCACCGGGAGUGUUUCCGCUGCAGCGUCUGCGCCACCACCCUGCGCCUGGCCGCCUACGCCUUCGACUGCGAGGAAGGCAAGUUUUUCUGCAAGCCUCAUUUCAUUCACUGUAAAACCAAUACUCAGCAACGGAAGAGACGGGCAGAUCUGAAGCAACAAAGAGAGGAGGCGGGAAUGUGGCCGGAGCACGAAGCCCCUCGGCAAGAACCUCCCACGGAAAGCUCUUGUGCAGCCGCUGCCCUGGGCCCCCCAACGGGCAGCCCCCCAGACGAGCCAACCUCCCCCAAGAAGCCCAAGAGCGUCCCGCAGCCAGAGCCCGGCGACGUGGAAGGCGAAGCCACCUCUCCCCUGCCCUCCGAGUGGACCUCCGUGAGGAUCAGCCCCGGGGAGGAUGUGGCCGGGCAGGACGUGCUGGCUGUGCGUGUCCUGGUCACCAGUGAUGACGACAGCAGCUCUGAUGCGGAGUUGAACUGCAGCAGCCACAGCAGCGAGGCCUCCAGCAUGGAGCCCUGUGAGGAGAGAUCCCAGCAGCCGGACCCCCCAACCCCGCUGGAACCCCUCAGCCGCCACAGCUCCCUGAGGGAGCCCCUCAGCGGCCACAGCUCCCUGAGCGAGCCCCGAGCUCUGCAUGCUCUGCAGCGGACCAACAGCCUCCAGUCCCCAAGUCUCAGCAAAUACCAGAGCUGGAGAAGAACGUGCCCUCCAAGUUCCACGCCGGUGAGCUACACAAGAAUUGUGCCGCCUCUACAGGACGCGUCCCCUUCCGCUUCUGCUUCCUCCUUGUCUUCUGCCUCCUCCUCCCCCGCGUCCUCCGCAGACUGUGUCCCAGGCUAUGUUCUGAGGGGUCCCCCCUCACCUCAGGCCUCAAGAGCUCAUUGCAGUCCUUCCACCCCGAUCGUUCUGAGACAAGCCAGUGCCCAGGCAGCACCCAGCGAAAUCCCUCUCUACCUGCCGCACGGCCAGGUGCUGGGGCGGCCAGAGCUCUGCCUGGUGAGGCCGGGGGGAGAGGGCCUCGCCAGCCCCAGGCCCCCCAGCCCUGCAGCGGUGGCUUCCGAUGGCUCUCAGGACGCCAGCGGCAUCCACAGAGGCCCACACCCCAUUGGAGGGCAGGGCAGGUGCUCGCCAGACCAGGAGCUGUCUCCUAGGGCUGCGGAGGGCUCGGGACAAGGGCAUCCGGACUCCCAGACCCGGACGGGAGAGGACGGUGGGUCCGGGCCGGCCGAGGGGAAGAAGCUGGGCUUGAAGAAGCUGGCCCUCACCCAGGAGCAGAAGAGCCAGCUGCUGGAUUGGAAUGACCUCCACCCCCAGAGCUCGCACCUGGACGCUGGGCCGCAGCCUUCCCAGAACGGUGCCGAGCCUGGCAGAGGCGGCCGUGUGCUGAAGCCAGUCCGCCCCUUGGUGCUCCCGGGGAGAGAGAGCCUGCCCGCUCAGGCAGAGGCUCCGGAGAAGAGGGGGACCCCCGCUGGAAGGACUUCAGGGGAGCAAAGCGUGGCUCCACCCAAGUCCCCGCUGAGACUCAUUGCCAAUGCCUUCCGAAGGUCCUUCCAGGCCCUCUCCCACCCGGAAGGCGGGAGGAAGGCUUUGCCAGCCAUCCAGCCGCAAGCUUGCACGCGCUCCUUCAGCCUCCGGAAACCCAGCGGCCACAAAGACUGGGACCAGCCGUCCCCCGGGAGAGACAUGGCCAGCAGGGCCUCGGCCUUCUUCUCCCUGGGCACCCCACCGGUCAGGGCCGCCCAGCCCCCCACCCCUGGCCUUCCCGAUCCUGCCCUCCGCACCCACAGCUUGCCCAGACGGACCUCCAAGAGGUUCCCUGCGUUGGCAUCCCCACCCUGCAGCAAGAUGGACGAUGUCCCCAAACUUCUGGAGAAAGUGAGCUUGCAAGAGACCUUUCCAGAUGCUUCCAGGAGUCCAAAGAGAAAAAUCUUCUCCUCCCUCAGACUCAAAGACAGAUCGUCAGAGAGUUCUCUCCAAGAAUUCAGGCUAAGAAAGGACUUCCGUGACAUCUUCAGCAUCCCCAAGGGGAAGGUGCAGCCUGUGGACAGUGCGCAGCUGGGGCAGAGGGCCGCCCCUCCUUCUCCAGAGCGAGAUGCAAGUCCCAAGCACGUCCCCAUCAGGGUGCAGGUGACAGGGGCUGCCUCCUCCUCCACCACCUCCUCCUCGGCAGAUGAAGAAUCUGAUCCCCAGCUUUCCUUGCGGUCAAAGGAGAGGAACACACUUAGAAGAAGAAGGAAGUUGGAGAAAGCAACGAAACAACUGGUUAAGCAAGAAGAAUUAAAAAGACUUCAUAAAGCUCAGGCCAUCCAGAGGCAGCUGGAGGAGGUGGAGGAGCGGCAGAGGGCCUCCGAGAUCCAGGGAGUGAGGCUGGAGAAGGCGCUCAGAGGAGAAGCAGAUUCAGGCACACAGGAUGAAGCACAGCUUUUGCAGGAAUGGUUUAAGCUGGUUCUGGAGAAGAAUAAAUUAAUGCGAUAUGAGUCGGAGCUACUGAUCAUGGCCCAAGAGCUAGAAUUAGAAGAUCAUCAAAGCAGACUGCAGCAGAAAUUACGAGAGAAAAUGCUUAAGGAGGAGAGCCAGAAAGAUGAGAAUGAUCUAAAGGAGGAACGAGAAAUAUUCGAUGAGAUGAUGCAAGUGAUUAAGCAGAGGGACCAACUCGUGGAUUCCUUAGAGGAGCAGCGCAUCAAAGAAAAGGCUGAGGACCAGCGCUUUGAAAGCUUCAUAUUCUCCAGGGGCUAUCAGCUGAGCAGGACGUGA